AUAUCAUCCAAAUCCAAAACAAGUCAUCACAUCCUUUGAUAUCAAAAUCAUUACUUUCUUCUCCCUUUUCUUUUGUGUACUUGACCAUUUUUCUUGGCAAUAUUAUAUAUCCAGAUAUCCAUGGCCAUUCGUUUGCUCGGUGUUAUGCAUGCUAAGCACAUUCUACGACGAUCAAACUCGUUUGGAAAGCAAGUAGCUUCAACAUCUAUAGAUGUUCCAAAAGGCUACAUUGCAAUAUAUGUUGGACAGAGUGAAAGGAGGCGGUUUGUAAUUCCUAUUUCAUUUUUGAAUCAGCCUUCAUUUCAAGAAUUGCUAAGAAGAGCUGAGGAAGAAUUUGGAUUUGAUCAUCCAAUGGGUGGCCUUACAAUUCCCUGCAGCGAAGACCUCUUCAUCAAUGUCACUUCUCAAUUAUAUGACUUGUGAUAUGGUGCCACUAAGAUAAAGCAAUAGAAAAAAUUUUGUAAAUAUUUGUUAUUUAUUUAUUUUAGGCAGAAGAAGAGAUGGCUAUUUUCUAUCCACUAAGAAUUUUACAAAUAUAAUUAUUACAGUUCCUCCCACAUUUUUAAGAAAAAUGUUAAACUGUGAACACAUUUUGGUUGAAAUUUAUCUUCUUUCAUUUUUAUGAUA